AUGCUCUCUGCUCCUCAAACGACCUGCGACCCGCCGGAGGCCGAUAUGGCUAUUUCGGGGAGGCCGCCGGACUCCUCUCCUGCGUUUCCACCGAUCACGACACCAAUUACACAUAGUGCACCAAGCUCACCCCCUUUGAAUUACAAGUUGGCGCUGGCGGGAUCCCCGGCAUCAUCCCCGACCAAGGCUCAACAGUGGACAUUCAUCGGAGAACACGAUUUGGAGGUCGGGCUCUACAAUGGAGAACCUGAGCUUAGGAUCUCCUCCCAGCUGAAAGAACGACUAUGCUUACCUUGGAAGCGGACGUUGGUGGCGCGGCUGCUGGGGAAAUCAGUUUCUUACCAAUACAUAUGCUCGCAGCUCCGUUGGAAAUGGAAACCAGCCGGAAGUAUGGAAAUCCUUGACCUGAAUAACUCAACCUUCCUGGUCAAUUUCAGUAAUGAGAAGGAUUAUCUUAAUGCCCUCACUGGCGGUCCUUGGGUGAUCCUUGAUCAUUAUUUGAUCGUCCAUCAAUGGUCGCAUACUUUCCGAACAUCGGACAAACCUCAUCGUUCGGUGGUAGCGUGGGUUCAGCUACCCGAGCUACCGAUCCACUUCUACCAUCGGGAGGUACUUUUCGCGAUGGGAAACAUACUGGGAAGAACGAUCAAGCUCGAUUAUCAUACAGAACACAGGGAAAGGGGAAAAUUUGCGCGGAUUGCCGUGGAACUCGAUAUGACCAAGCCUCUGAAGACGCGGAUCCGGCUCGAUGGGUUCUGGUAA